AUGACCGAAAAAGGAUCGGCGCUCCAAAGAGGCCGCCGCUAUGGGGAAAAGCGGGCGGCGGAGAUAUGGGAGAACCUAGGGAAGAAUAACCUGUGGAAGAGGAUUUUGAAAAACGUGACCGCUACUACUCUCCUCGUCAGCAUAUGUCUUAUCCCAGGUUCCCGGACUGUUAUUGGCAAGGCUGCCUAUUUGGGCGCUAUCACUACGGUAUUUGGUCACCCAGGUCGACGCUUUGGCCAAAUGGCUGAAGCCCUUAUCCUUGUUCUUUCCGGAACGGUACUAGGAGUGGCUUGGUCAGUUCUAGGGGUUUAUCUCGGCUCUCUCGUUAUCAAAGAGCACCCACCAGCGGCCUACGCGAUUCGAGCAAUUUUUCUAGCAGUCGUAGUACUGUUCCACGGCUAUCUACGAUCGAAGACGCCUCGGUUGUUCAUUUUUGUCUUGCUCUUGGUCAUUGUAUCGGUGGUGUCUUUGACAUCAACUGCGAAAGUGGUGACACCUCUUUCUGCGACAAAUAUACUCUAUCCAAUCUUGAUUGCCGCUGGAUGCAUUACACUGGUCAAUAUAUGUAUAUUUCCUGAAUUUAGCUCUAGAUAUCUUGGUCAGAUGACUCUUGAUACACUAAAUGACACAGUCAAAGCCCUUGGAGAUGCUGGUAUUUACUUUGUCGAAUCGAAAAGGGCGGUUGAUCAGAACGGAGUCAAGACAGGCGAGAAAAGAGCUGAUGCUUCUAUGACUGGGCCAGCUUGGAACGCUACUGACGAAGAACGUGGGCUUCCACAGAAGAAAGUUACUAAUUUAACAAACGCCCCUAUGCACAUCAAGGCCAAAGACAUACUUCAAAGGUUAUUCGCCAGCAAGUCUCAAGGGACUGACCACAGUGACCCCAAAAAGCUUUCAAAGACGAGUCUGGCUGACUUGACAAGCAAUAAAGCGAAGAUACGGAAGAAACUCUCAGAUUGCAAAGCAGCUCAACAGGAGUGCAACUUUGAGCUUGCUGUAUCCGUGUUGCCUCCUCGCAACAUGAAACCCAUCAGUGUGCAAGCAAUGAAAAAGCUAGUGGCCAACACGAUUGCAGUCAUCAGCGCCUGUGAAUCUAAAUUCGCCCUCCUUGGUAGCAAUGAUGUUGGGCAAGCUUCCAAUUCAAAGAAAACAAAGCCCGGUCCUGAGCUUGUAGAUGAGAGUAAGACUCCGGCCAUCUCAGCCCUGGUUGGAGCUACUUCCAACCUGCUUACUCCAGAGUUACCGUUGCCACACGAGAACUCGAAGCAGGGAAAACUGAACACCAUCAUCGAACAAGACAAAGCAGAGCUUGAGAUGAUUAAGCCGAAGCGCGAAAUUGAAUUUGGCGACGCUCGUCUGCUUCGGUAUCUAUUGGCUAGGGUGGCAAAGCCAUACGAGGAUCUGCACUUCGUCGUCGCUCGAACAGUUGAGGUAGUGAGUGCGUGUGUCGCUUACGCAUAUGAUGUUCCCACCUUACCUUCUGGUGCAAGGGUUCCCAAAGGUAUCUUGCUCGAGGAAUUGGAUAUGCAAAUGGACAGCCUCCAGAAAGCUCUUCUCCAAUUUGACGCAGACGCGGCAUCUGCUCUAGAAGGGGCUGCAACUAUGCAAGAAUUAGAAGGCAAGGAGCUCGACAUCAUGCCGAGAGAAGAAGUCUUUCUGAUGUCAUCGUUCAUGCUCAACGUACGGCAAGCAGCCUCGCAUAUCGAGAGUAUGCUCAAAUACUCUCGAGAAUUAGUUGGACGUCGUCAACAACGGAAUGGACGUCGCCGUAUUUAUGCACCACAUAUCAAAUGGUCGAACUGGCUGUAUACAGGUGGCGAAGAGGAUGAAGCACUGCCUAACAGUGGGCGCAAAGGCAACAGGCAAGGUGCUUCGGAUGAGCGUGAGGACGAUGAAGACGACGCAGAGUCACUGAAUAGCAAGAAAGGCUUAUUGGCUCACCCAGGAGAUCUGGAGAAAAACGCUCUCACUCCGGGGGUCAAGGAAGACGCCAAGCAACGAGAAAGAGAGUCGAGAGCAAGAGAUUUCGAGCGCCAAGAAAUACCUUACUCACUUCGUCUCCGUGGUCAAGCUGCCGACGCAUUGGAAUGGAUCCAGCAUUCGGAAGACUUGUUGUAUGCCAUGAAGCUCGGCGUCGCCGUUUUCCUAGUACUUUGGCCUGCAUUCGUGGCUUCUUGGAAUACCUGGUACUCUCUAGACCGGGGUCUCUGGGCUGCUUUACAGCUCGUUCUGAUCACUGAAGUCUCCAUCGGUACUUCUGUUUGGACAUUUGUUCUUCGGGGUGUCGGCACUACAAUCGGCUGUAUUUGGGGCUGGGCCGCUGUUGAAGCUCGCGGAGGCAAUCCGGUUGUUUGCGCUGCGUUGAUCUUCGUAGCACUGUUCCCUUGCGCCUAUGUGCAACUUGGAACCAAAUAUCCGAAGGCUGGUAUGGUAUGCAUUGUCAGCAUAUGCGUUGUAGCUCUCUCAUCGGAGUUAAAUACCGUCCCUGGGACACCAACUGACAAUUUUCUGAAGCGAUGGAUUGCUUUCAUGAUAGGUGGGACAGUGGCUCUGAUCGUAGAAUUGGUACUACUUCCAGUCAAAGCUCGCACGCGCCUCGUUGAAUCUCUCGCUGCAGCUCUCGAACAAAUCAACGAGAUGGAGAAAUGUAUUGCCGCCGGCAUUGAGCAAGGCGUCAAGAUUGACGUUUACGCCGCCGCAAACAUUGUACGCUUCGAAAACGCGAACGGAAAGGCUAACACCGCACUUGUCGCUGCAGAGACCUUCCUUCCCUUCUGCAGCAAUGAGCCAAGGAUCAAAGGCUCCUUCGAAGGCCUCGCUCUGAUAUACACCGAGGUUCUCUUCGUGCUUCACCAGAUUGUCGACAGAAUGGACAAUAUGCUGCAGCUACGGACGGCCUAUGGUUCUGGCCCAUUAGAGGAGCUCAAUGCUGAAAUCUACCCCUACCGUCGAAACGUCGCUGGUUCCAUCACCCUGACACUCUUCGCAAUUCAUGGUGCCCUCACAACCAAGCUUCCACUCCCCCAAUACAUUCCUUCCGCCCGGCUCGCCCACCUGCGCAUGAUCAACCGAGUGCGAGAAGUUGUUCUCGAGCAAGUGGCCGGGGAAGGUCAUGACUCCCACGAGAUCACCGCCAAGCUUGCACGCCAGCGGGCCGUGCGGAGAAAAUACAUGUCCUGGAAUGCUGCGUCAGCGGCUCAAGCGGAGAUCAUUGAGUUUCUCGAAGAGCUCAUCGAUUUGACGAAGCUGCUCGUUGGGGCUAACGAGUUCAGGAGUGGGCUGUUGACGAGGCCUACAUAUCAUGACUACGUUCAGCAAUCUCAGAAGCAAGGCGCGGGGGAUGAUGGCGAUGAAGUGGUAGCAGCUGAAGCCAGGGAUGAGUUCGGAGAGACUCCCCUUGAUACGGCAGGAGCGACUACACGAACGCGAGGGACAACGCUUGCUUCGGUGGACGCAGGGGCAGGGCUCACUAGACGCCGGCAAGGCACAACUCUGAGUUCUACGAGCGAUGGUGAGGAUGUGCCCGCCAGCUUACGCAGGAUACAGAGCCGGAAGCUCGAGGCUGGGGUGCUGCGUCAGAGGACGAACGAGAGUUGGAAGUCAUCGCAUCAAGGCACAUGA